UGAACUCGCAGGGUUUUGUGGUCUAGUGUCGUUUUAGAAAGCAUGAAAAUGACAGUGUUUCAUGUUUUUUUUUUGGUUUUGGUGAUGUGGGCGGUCCACAGCCAUGGCAGGGCUUAUCAAACUGAGAGUAUUAUAUACAACAAUACUCAGCUGCCUUAUAAAGAAAAUAUGAAUGCUGAAACUGUAAUCAACAGCAAAUUGAAGCAUUUUGAUUAUUUUUACUUGGUCUUUCGGUGGCCAAAAUCAUUCUGCACCAGCGGCACAGUUUCAUGUUGGCCGCAGAUACCUGACCGAUUCAUUGUGCACGGUCUAUGGCCGCAAAAUACUAGUGGUGGACUCAUUGAUUGCAAAGGAGCUAAAAAUACUGCUCCCUUUAACUUUCCAAAGCUGGAACACUACGAAGAUGGACAUCUCGUGCACAAGUUGAAUGAUUUUUGGCCGAACCUAAUAAUAAAUAAACCAAAUUAUAACUAUUGGAAACAGGAAUUUGAAAAGCAUGGCUCUUGCUUCUUCCCAACACAAGAGCAGUAUUUCGAAUCAACUGCUUGGAUGGUGGAUCAAAUUCCAGGGCUGACUCCAAAGCUUGAAAGUGAAGGCAUUUGCCCUGGUACAUCUCAUUUGUAUAAGGAUCUCCAACAAAAGAUUAUUAAAGCCACUGGAUUCAUCCCGAAGCUGGAAUGCUACCAAAGAAAUGGAAGUAAUCGAUUGUUCCGGAUAUACUUCUGUUUCGACAAAUCCAAAUUUCUGUAUAAUUGCAGUGAUAGUAAGUUAACGCCAAACAAUAUUAAGUGUGGGUAUGGGAAGGUCAAAAUCAAACUUCCUUAGCCACAUCGUCCUCGGCAUGGACCCUAAACUAGUAUAAGGUCAACAAUGCCAGUGGAAAUUUGGAAGUUAUUGCUGUUAGUUGAUGCAGUCCUCUUGCUCCUUUGUUUAAUUGUUGGUGUCUUCUUAUUAUGAAUAAUGUAUCUGUAACCGAAGGCAAAACAGUGGCUUAUGAUUGUUCGUACUUGGUCGUGCAGUGGCCAAUGUCAUUCUGCAACAUCAGUCCUCUUGCUCCUUUGUUUAAUUUGUUGGUGUCUCUGGUUGUACUCUUUUCGUACUUUUGAUUUGCUUCUCAUCAAUAAUAUUUGCCUUGAGUUUUUCAUUAUUAA